AUGGCACAGAGGGUCACCUUCUCUGAACACGUGGAAGGACCUCUUGCCCUUUCCGUGCUGUCCCCAUCACGGCAGGGUCGGGUGACCUUUGAGGACGUAGCUGUGUACUUCUCCUGGAAGGAGUGGGGGCUCCUUGAUGAGGCUCAGAGGCACCUGUACCGAGAUGUGAUGCUGGAGAACUUUUCACUUGUGGCCUCACUGGGACUUGCAUCUUCCAAGUCCUGUGUGAUUGCCCAGCUGGAGCGUGACAAAGAGCCCUGGAUGCCUGAUAGGGUGGACGUGUCUCUAGCCACAACAAGAGUGGCCCAGAGGGGGCCUGGCCCUGGUUGUGGGCAUGGAGAAGAGGCCCCACCUGAGCAUGGUGUUUCUACAGGAGUGUUCAAGUUUGGGACCCCUGAGAAAGGGUCUUGCCCCCAGAAGACCAGAAUCUGUAACAGUUGUGACCCAGUCUUGAAAGACAUUUGGUACCUGGCUGAGCACCAGGGAACACACCCCAGGCAGCAAACAUACACAUGUGAAACAUGUGGGCGAGGCUUCCAGAUCACUGCACACCUUCACCAGCACCAGAAGGAGCACAGUGGAGAGCAACCCUUCAGAUGGCACAGGGAUAGGUCCUUAUCUAUGAAGAGCUUCAGUGUCCCCUUGUCAGAGAAGCCCUUCCCAUGCAGGGAAUUUGGUCAGAAUGUCCAGGACAGCCAUGACCUCCUCCAGAACCAAGCCACCCACAGUGAGGGGAAGCCGUCCAGGAGCACUGAAUAUGAGGAGGUCUUCCCAAACAGCUCUAGUCUUGGGCAGGAGCAGGGAGACCACCCUGGACAGAAGCACUUCAAAUGCGGCAACUGCGGGAAGGUCUUCUUAAAGGCCUUUGCUCUCCUUGACCACCUGAUAACUCACUGUGAAGAGCGACCCUGUAGGUGCCUGACAGGUAGAAAUGCCUUCGAGGAGAAAUCAGCCCUUACUAUUCCCCAAAAGUCUAAUGCUGGAGAAACAUCCCGUGUGUGUAAGGAAUGUGGAAAGGCCUACAGUCACCUGUCUCUACUGAGGAUGCAUGAGAAAGCUCACACUGGAAAAACACAUUAUAAGUGCAGUGAAUGUGGGAAAGCCUUCACCCGUAAGCACUCACUUAGUCAGCACCAGAGAAUUCACACUGGAGAAAGACCUUAUGAAUGCAGCCAGUGUGGCAAAGCCUUCACUCGCAACUUCCAUGUUGUUCGGCACCAGAAAGUUCACAACACAGAAAGGCCUUACGAGUGCAGACAGUGCCGCAGAGUCUUUAGUUGUAUCUCCAGCUUUGUUCAGCACCAGAAAAUACACACUGGAGAGAGGCUUUACGAGUGCAGUGAGUGUGGAAAAGCUUUCAUUAACAGCUCCCAUCUUGCUCGGCACCAGAAAGUUCACAACACAGAAAGGCCUUAUGAGUGCAGUGAAUGUGGGAAAGUCUUCCGCCAAACCUCCAAACUUGUUUUGCAUCAAAGGAUUCAUACUGGAGAAAGACCUUACAAGUGUAACCAAUGUGGGAAGGCCUUCAGCUGUCCCUCCAACCUCGUUCCACACCAGCGAAUACAUACUGGAGAAAAACCUUAUGAAUGUUCAGAAUGUGGGAAGGCCUUCAGUCAAAGCUCUGCCCUUAUUCAGCACCAGAAAGUUCACACCAGAGAAAGGCCUUACGAAUGCAGUGAAUGUGGGAAAGCCUUUAGCUAUAGCUCUAACCUUGCUAAGCACCGGAAAGUUCACACUGGAAAAAGGCCUUAUGAAUGUGGCCAGUGUGGGAAGGCUUUUAGUGAAAGUUCUAUCCUCAGUCAGCACCAGAGAGUUCACACCAGAGAAAGGCCUUAUGAGUGCAACAAAUGCGGUAAAGCUUUCCGCUACAGCUCUAACCUUUCUAAGCACCAAAAAGUUCACACUGGAAAAAAUUCUUACGAGUACAGUGAACAUGGGAAAGGCUUCAGCCUCAUUCAGUACCAGAAAGAUCACACCAGACAAGGGCCAUAGCAGUGCAGUGAAUGUGGGAAAGCUGUGGCUUUCUUAGUUCAGCACAAAAGAACUCACUCCUGAGAAAAGUUCUAUGAGAGGAUCCUCUGUGAAGAUGCCAUCACCCAAAAAUGGAAACCUGUACAUCCCAAAACCUCACUGGAGAAAUUGUCCUUGAGUGCCAGACGCAACGCCAAGGGUUACAACUCCAGAGCACCUGAAGGGCACGGAUGGACUUUUGAGGGGACCCCAGCGACACUCCCGCGCUGUGAGCCCGGAAAGCGCUACAGGGCCAUCUCCCCACACACACUGUUCCAGAACGCGUCCGGAGAACCUCCUGAGACGCCAGCCUGGCCCGGCCUGAGCCGGCGACCCAGUCUCUCCACAGCUCAGCGAUUCCCGGCGAACGGCUGCGCCUCCGUGAGCCUCGGUUUCCCGGCUGCAGAAAAGGUGCCGCGAAUCUCCCGGCCUCCGUACCCGCUCUCAGUCACCGUAGCCUUCCUGGUUCUGGGCGCAUUGUACGCCGGGAAAGCUCAACGGCCCGCCCGGUCCAGAGGUUCCGAUGGGGCUGGCAGCAUCGCUGAUGGACCCCGCACAGGUGAGUGGAGGGUGCCCCAAGCCCUCGCCUGCUGGAUCCCGUCGCCCUCGUGA